GGCUGCAGCUGCAGAGUUAGAUGGGUUGCAUGAACUCUCACUGCAGGGAUUUAACUUGCAUCACAUAUAUUUUACCACCUGCUUAGGAUUUUGGAACGAGAACCGAGGUAAUCUGAUUUCUGCACAGGGGCAGCUGGAUAUCUUUGUCCUAAUAAAGCACUCACACAGUGUUACAGACAUGGCUGGAGUAAAGAAGCCGGCGGUGCUUCUUUCUCUGCUGGAAAAGGUGGAGACGGAGAAAGAGGAGCUGCAUCUGGAGGAGCAGCGGCCCGGCAUCAACCAGACUGAGGUCGAUUCGCGUGGGCCAGAGCACCAACACUCAGGCCCUGACAGGAGGGUGCGAGAAAAGAUGGAGGAGGGUGGAGGAGGGGAGCUUCAGGGAGAGGAGAGUGUGACAUCUGAUGAGGAGUAUGACAUGGAUUUGGAGUUGAGAGAAAAGGAGGAGACAUAUGAUUCGACAGAGAAGGAGUGCUACUUGAAGGCGUGUGAAAUGUUGCAGGUGGUUCCUGCCUCUUACUUCCUGCACCACAUGCAAGAUAAAGAGCUGGAUUUGAUGCACCGUGGUCUCGGGCCAAAGGGCACCAAAGCACUGGCGGUUUCCCUGGUAACCAACACUUCCAUUCUGCGGCUGAAGCUGCGAGAUAAUUGGACGGAGGGAAUGGGCGGAGCUGCCAUAGCAGAGAUGUUAAAGGAAAAUCAUUACAUUACAGAAGUGGACCUGUCUGACAACAAACUUGGGGAUUUUGGUGCCAGAGCCAUAUCUGGCAUGCUUAAUCAGAACAGCACCCUGGUGAGCCUGCAGCUGUCAGGAAACCAUUUCACAGACCGGUCCGCUGAGAGCCUGAGCCGAGCACUUACCACCAACACCACGCUGCAGCACCUCGACCUGAGCCACAACACUCUGGGAGAGCACGCAGGCCGCCUCCUCGGCGACUCUCUGUCAGAGAACGUGGGGUUGAGAUCGUUGAGUCUGGCCUGGAACUGCAUCAGAGGGGAGGGAGCGGUGAUGCUGGCCAGCGGGCUCGGGGGGAAUGGUUUCCUCAGGAGACUGGAUCUGUCCCGCAACGGCCUCGGCAGAGGAGGAGCCGUCGCUUUAGGAGAGGCACUUAGAGAGAACUAUAUGUUGGAGGAGUUGAAUGUGAAUGACAACCGAAUACCCCCUGAGGGAGCCAUCCACCUCGCCAUGGGCCUCAAAAUCGGCAGGAACCCCCUCCAGAGUGCUGGGUGCUACGGGAUCCUUCAGUCUGUUCAGGAAAACCCUGAUUCAGCCAUGGACACUCUGGACUUUUCUGACAUUACAGUCGACCAGGAUUUUGAAGAUUUGUAUACAGCAGUGAAGGAAAUAGUCCCUGAGCUCAGAGUAAAAUACAGGGGUCGAGUUGUCACAGCCAGAAAGGCAAAACCUUGAAAAAUGUAACUCUGAUUGGAAUACGUGUCAGCAAAAGUAAGAAAUCUCGUCAGGGCCCCUUUAAAUUGACAGAUGGGUUCCUACAGGAAUACGAGUCCUUUUUCAGGGAGCCAAGAGGAUAUAUCCCCUGGAAUAAAAUGUAAAUUAAAAAAAAUACUACUCUUUAAGAUCAGCAGAAAGGCCAUCGGAGCAUAAACUGUUUAUUUGCCUGAAGACAAGUGUUGAUCAAGUCGCUAAAAAUGGGCCCGGAACACAGGUACUUAGGUUCUUUUUAGAUCUGAUCUGAUCUGACGUUAUAUAACACCAGUGGGUAGAAUGAUGGAGAGGAUCAGAGAGUGCUGCAUUGUGUAUGAAAAGAAGUGAAAGUGGGUUGCACAAAAAGGAUUUAAGCACUUCGUGACUAGUUUAAUAGAGAAACCAGCUCUGAAAGAACAGUCCACUUAGAUAAGAGACCUGUAUUACCGCAGCGGGACAACUCUCCCACACACCUCCAAAUGAGCUCUAAACCCGUCAUUUACUUUGAAUUUCUGAUACAUACAAUUAAAAU